AUGGGAGAGAACAACACCCCUGAACAAGCAUAUCCGGCCUCGGUCGCCGACAAGGACGACAUCGCCGCUGCCAAGGGCGAGCACGUUGAGGAGAUUGGCCACGCGGUGACUGUCGAGGACCAUGAGCAAACUGUCUUCCAGGCCAUCAGAACCCAACCGUGGGCCUUCGCCUGGUGUCUCUAUGCCAUCUACGUCCUCAUUCUCACCAGUUUCGACAACCAAGCCGGUGGCACAGUCAUUGGCAUCCCGCAGUUCCGCAAAGACUUUGGGUCUUUUUUCGAGGGCGACUAUGUUCUUCCAGCCAAGUGGCAAUCGGCGUACAGCGGAGCGCCCGUGGCAUCCGCCGUCAUCGGUUCCCUCGGUGCUGGCUACGUAGCUGACCGCAUCGGCCGCAAGUGGACGUACUUCAUCAGCUACAUCUUCAUCUUCGUCGGCAUCACCCUCGAGACCAUAAGCACGACCAACGAGAUCUUCUUUGCCGGAAAGCUGAUCGCGGGAUUCCCCAUUGGCGCCUUCAUCACCGUCAGCAUGACGUACAUCGGCGAGGUCGCACCCCUGGCUCUUCGCGGCAUCAUGACCGCCGCCGCCGCCAUCGCCUUCACCAUCGGCCCCUUCAUCGUCUCCUUGGUCGUCAAUGAAACGGGUGCCAGAGAGGACCGCUGGGCGUAUCGCACCAUCUUCGUAUCCCAGUACGGCGUCAGUGGUCUGGGUGCUCUCUUCCUCUUCUUCAUGCCCGAGUCACCGUGGUGGUUGGUCAACAAGGGCAAGAUGCAAAAGGCCGCCAGGUCUCUCGCCCGUCUCGGAUACGACGCCGUUCAGGUUGAGAAGCGGAUCUCCGUCAUUGCUCUGACCCUCGCCGAGGUGCGCAAGGAGACUGAAGGUGCCAGCUUCGCCGAGUGCUUCCGCAAGUCCAAUCUUCGCCGUACCAUCAUUUCUGUUGCCCCCCUCAGCAUCCAGGCGUUGUGCGGCGUCUUCUUCGUCGCCUCGUACGCGACAUACUACCAGCAGAUUGCCGGAUACACCCCAAAGGAAAGUUUCAAGCUUGCCAUAGUGCAGCAGGUUCUGUCCAUGCUUGGCAACAUCACCGCGUGGUUCCUCAUCGACAGAGUCGGACGUCGUGGUCUCACAUUGUGGGGUAUGUGCCUGUUGACCGUUCUUUUGAUGAUCACCGGCGGUCUUGCCGUCGCAGGCACUCCUGGUGCUGUCAAGGGAACCGUUGCUCUACUUCUCGUCUACUGCUACAUCUACAACGUCACCAUCGGCGCUACAGCCUACUCGUUGUUGACCGAGGUAGCAACCUCUCGUCUACGAGCAAAGACUGCGGCCAUGGCUUUGGCUCUCCAAAACAGUCUUUUCACUAUGUGGGCUUUCGUCAUCCCCUUCCUCUUCAACCCCGAUCAAGCCAACCUGGGAGCCAAGGUGUCUUUCAUCUUCGGUGGUCUCUCAGUGUUGUCGACAAUCUAUCUGUGGUUCUACCAGCCCGAAGUUGCUGGCCGGUCAUACGAAGAACUCGAUGAAAUGUUCAUCAAAAAGAUUCCGGCGCGGGAGUUCAAGAGCCAUAUCACCGAGGUGCAGAAGAGCCAGAGACUGCCUGCGGAUGACCUUGGACACGCCAAGUGA